UUCAGUUUUCAUUUUCCGAGUGGACAACUUAGUAAAAUAAUUCACAAUAUUAUAGCCAAGUACCUAAUAGAUAAUACCUGUUGAAAUAAUAUAUUCGUUGUUUUAUAAGUUGUAUUACACAUUUACAACGCAUUAUUAUGGUUUUACCAUACUAUUGCUAACAGAUUUUAAUUUUCUGCAUUUUAUCUAAGAUUCGACUUCGGAGUUACAAUUAUUCGUUUGCGACGAUUGUGUAGAUUCUAGAUAAUUCAAAAUGCACAUGAAUGUGGAUGCCGAAUGCUGAUAUGAUUCGAAAUUCCGAGUAUGGGGACUGCAAUGCUGACAUGUUGUUUCUGAUUUAAUUCAACGACGCCGACUCGCUGUAAACUAUCGCUACCCGAUGGUAACCGAACGCUGAGACGGCCACUCACAACCACUAUAGUUGGUUAAUGGUUAGAAAUUUAGAAUUGAUUUCGGACCUUCUGUAUAAUCAGACCACAGAAUAAAUUAUUCUGUGAACAGACAUUGGUUCCGAACACAACCUGCCCUGGGGAUGACCGUUUCCGCUCGAUGUACCAACACUCAAUUCUGAAACGUCCCAACCUUCAGUCUACUGAUCAACCUACUGUCUUGAACCCGGGCUUUGGUUUUCUUGAAAUUGUAUUAAAUCAACGACAUUUCCAUUAAGCUUUUGAUGUUUCAGCAUGCAAAACCGACACUAGGCUCAUUGAGUUUCUGGUACGCGGCCUGACAACCCAGUACAGUUAUACUGUGUGCUUGAUCACAAUCGACUUGCCAUCCUUCACCAAGUGAGAAAAUAAAUAUUCUUAAAUGGUUCCAAUGAAAGACUACAAAAAAGUUAAAGUCACUGGUGAUUCUGAUGCUGUUACCAGUGAAUUACAUGUUGAAAACACUAUUGUAAAUCCUGCAUGGUAUACAGUUGAAGAUGAUCAUGUGUCUUUGGUAUCUGAAAAUGUUGAGAAAGUUAUUAAGCUUGAAACUGAUAUGUUGGAUGAUUGUAUGUGGGAAAGUAGAAUCGAAAUUACCAAAGAUGUUUCAAACCAAAAUAAUGUGGAGUUACCCUUGGAAUGUCAGGAUGUCCCGGAUAAUAAUAUUUACUUAAAUCAUGGAAAUGCAAGUGAUAAAAUAUUUCAUUGUAAUAUUUGUGGAAAAAGCUUUGUUUUAAAUUAUCUUUUGAAAAAUCACUUGGCCGAACACAAAAGACAAGUAAAUCGUAAUACUAAUAAAUGUAAAUUUUGUGGAAAACGGUUUAAGUUAAAGUUUGGUUUGAAUAGACACAUUCAAAAACAUCACAAUUCCAUGCAUAAAUCUAAGUAUAGAUCUAAGUUUACUGAACACAAAAAUAGCCAUGAAAAGGAUCAAACUAACUUUGAUACUAUUCCGAAUAUAAAAUUAUGUAAAUUAAACGGUGUUUGGGAAAGUAAAACAAUUGAAUUUAAAUGCAACGUUUGUUUCCAAAAAUGCUACAGUGAAAAGAAUUUGGUCGAACAUAUGGAAACUCAUGACAAUUCUCAAAUCCAAUGUAAUUAUUGCUUAGAUUAUGUUUCAGUUUCUGAAUUGAAUAAUCAUAUGGAAAAUAUUCAUAAUGAACAUUUAUUUAAAUGUCAGAAGUGUAACCAACAAUUUAAAAAACAACAACAUUUGAAUUGUCAUUUAAUUCAUUGCUUAAGAAGUUCUCGUACAAAAUCGAUUAAAGUCUGUGGUGAAUUCAGAGCUAAUGAAAAAACUUGCACUGCUUGUGGAAUUACAUUUAAUAAUUCUAUAUCAUUGACAAAUCAUACGACUUUUGGUUGUAAGCAUUACACUUGUAAAUAUUGUGGACAAUUCUUUAGUAAAAGAAAUGUUUGGCUUAAACAUAUGCAUGUUCACAAAAAAGUUACUCAAAAUGCAUUGUUGAAAGCAAGUACUGAUGAAACAUCUACAAUAAGAGGAUAUAAUCAAACUGAGGUUGUAAAUGAUUCUUCUUUUAAUACAAACGGAAGACAAUUAUUAUCCAGAGAUGUUACAGGAAGAAAUAGUUCAGAUCAUACCAGUUUAGUGAACAGUAAUUCAACAGUUGUAUCGACUGCUCCACAUACCUAUAUUCCGAACAAUGACAUAAUUUCAAAUUCAGAGCCAACUGAAACCUUAUCGAAUAGCUUGGAAAAAAAUAGUUCAAAUCAAUUACAUACAGUAUCUGAUGAAUCAACAAUUAAUACAGUUCCUCCUGUGACUCCUCCUGUCCGUGUAAUACUGAGGCUCAGAACUCCAAAUUCACAGCCAACUGAAACCUUAUCGAAUAGCUUGGAAAGAAAUAGUUCAAAUCAAUUACGUACAGUAUCUGAUGAAUCUACAAUUAAUACAGUUUCUCAUGUGACUCCUCCUGUCCGUGCAAUACCGAGGCCCAUUAUAAUUAAUCGAACUCCGGAUACAACUGAUGAUUUAACCCGACUAGUGGACAGCGAAUAUUUUCCAACGCCCGUUCCGAUGCACGUUCUCCAAGAGAGAAUUUUAAAUAUGAAGCAAGAAAGAUUCUUUCAUAACACAGUCAGGGAACAUUUUCAGCGCCAGAUAAACAUACGGCAAGCUCAAAUAAACAGAGAGCGAUCAGGUCUAUCGCUUAGUGCAUAUUAUGAUUCAUUAAUAGCCCCCGAAAGCCCUAUUAUAGAUUUUAAUGCUCUUAAUCUAGCUCUCAGGGGAAGAAAUAGUUAUAAUCAAACUAAUUUAGCCAACAGAAAUCAAUCAAUGGCAUCGGCUGCUUCACGUAACUCAAUCUCAAACAAUAAUAGCCCUGUUAUAAAUAUUAAGCAAGAAAACAACUUAAGUACAAAUUCCAGGGGAACAAAUAGUUCAGAUCAAACUAAUUUUGCCAACAGAAAUGAAUCAAUUGUAUCGGCUUCUUCACAUAACUCAAUGGCAAACAACAAUAGCACUGUUAUAAAUAUUAAGCAAGAAAAAAACUUGAGUACAAAUGCCAGAGAAAGGAACAGUUCAGAUCAAGUGGACCCAGUGAACAGCAAUGAAUCAAUUGUAUUGGCUGCUUCACAUAACUCAAUAGCAAACAGCAAUAGCCCUGUUAUUAAUAUUAAGCAAGAAAAAAACUUGAGUACAAAUGCCAGAGAAAGGAACAGUUCAGAUCAAGUGGACCCAGUGAACAGCAAUGAAUCAAUGCCAUCGGCUGCUUCACAUAACUCAAUCUCAAACAAUAAUAGCCCUGUUAUAAAUAUUAAGCAAGAAAACAACUUGAGUACAAAUUCCAGAGAAAGGAACCAUUCAGAUCAAGUGGAUUCAGUAAACAGCAAUGAAUCAACUUUGGUAAAUCAACCUCAUGAUUUUAUGGCAAAACAAAACCCUACUAAUAUAGCUAAUAAUAAUAUUGCAUCUACAGUUAGAGAAACACCUUAUAUCUGCAUUAGAAAAUUGCCUAAUAUUAAAAAUAGAUUUCGCAACAAUGAUUAUGAUCAGACAUCACAAGACAAUGUUAUAUUUAUAUGUAGAAUUUGUAAAAAUUCUCCAUCUACAGAUAUACAUUCAUUUGCAUUACACAUGAGUGAUCACAGUGAGUGUAAUAUGCAUGAAUGUAUUGUGUGUGAUAAAACAUUUAACUCUGUAGUUCUUUGGACAAACCACAUGACCUAUCAUCAACAGCAAAUAGAUUUAAAUGUGCCAACAGUUCAGUUAAAUCCUCUAGAAAUUGAGUCUAAUACAUUAGAAGACCCUAUUAAUUCUGAAAACAUGGAACCUCAAGUUCGUACAAUCUUAAGAAAUAGAAAAUUGAAGUUAUCUUUAACAGAUGAUUCGUAUUCAGAUACUACAUCAAGGUUAAAAAGUGCCAAAAAAAUGAAAUGCAAAUAUGACUGUAGUACAUGUAAAAAAGUAUUUCCUUCCAAGAGCUCAUUAAAAAUUCAUCUUACUGUUCAUAAUAAACCAAAAUCAUUUUCCUGUAGGUAUUGUAAUAAAAUAUUUUCUGGAAAAGGUCAACGUACAAAUCAUGAAAAAUCCCACAUCAUCCCAGACAAACAGUUAUUACAAAAUAAUGAGAAUAUUAAACUUGAACCAAUUUUAAUCCAAAACAGCAUAAGUAUUGAAGAUAACAACACGACUGAUUUUGAGACUAUGUCAAUAAAACAUUCAAAAAUAAAUAAAUCAUCAAUUAAGAAAAAAAAUUUCUGUAAUUUAUGUAAUAAGAAAUUUCCUAAGCGUUGUUACUUUACAAAUCAUAUGAUAAUAAAGCAUAAUUUAAAUCCAAACACACCAAGACAACUUCCAUCGAUUGAUUGUAACGAACCAAUCAUUCAGUCUGAAAACAUUGAGUUAACUAAUAAUUAUAAGAACAAAUUAUCAGUUCCAGUAAAUAACAAAAAUAACAAUUUGAAUAACUGUGUCAAUAACAGCAAUGAGAAGAAAUCAACAGUUUGUAUGUCUUGCAACAAACAUUUUGCACAUCUCGGUGCCUUGACCAAUCACAUGCGUGUUCAUUAUUAUUUACCAUACAAAUGUCAAUAUUGCUUCAAGCAAUUCAGUAAGAAACGUUCUCAUAUUAUGCAUGAAAAAAAACAUGUAUUAAAAAAUGUAGUUAUAAGUGCAACCAGUCAAAAUAAAAACAAUAUAGUUAUUGAGGUUAAUGAUGAACCACAAGUUGAACAUUGUAAUGAUUCUGAGUUUGUUCAUACUCAAGUUGAUGACAAUUCAACCGGUACACAUUUUAUGGACAUAGAACAUUUAUGGUUUUCCUGUGAUGUGUGUGAGGAAAAAUUCUCUACUCCAUUGCAAUUGAAUGUUCACCGAAAUUCACAUCCUGGAAUUGUACCAUUUGUAUGUAAGAUUUGUAAUAGAUCUUUUCAGUUUAAAUUUCGAUGGAAUUGGCAUUUAAAAGUCCACUACCAAAAACACAAUUCAAAUUCAAAAAGUAAGCAACAAACAAAUAAUUUAAAAUCAAGCAUUAGUAAACUAAAGGUUGAAUCUAUACAUCAUACAGAUAAAAUGAAAUGUCGAUAUUGCAAAAAAGAAUAUAACUCUAUAUCUCAGUGGAAGAAACAUAUGACAAUGAGCAAAGAAUGCCGUCGCCAUUGUAAAAGUAACCUUCCAGAGUUUACGUCAAAUAAAACUACAAAGAAUUCUUCCAAAUUUGGUCGAUACAGAUGUAAUAUAUGUGAGAAAACAUAUAGUACCACUUCCAAUAGAAAUAUACAUAAAAGAAAUGUUCAUAAUGUGUUAGAUACAACCAAUUUGAUUACCGAUGAUACCGUUUUACAAAAAGACAAACCAAUGGACAUAAUUCAACAAAAACUUGCAAUUAAGAAACGAAAUAGAGGUAAUCACACUAAUGGCACUAAAUGUGGAUUAUGUGGUAAAAUAUACAGUAAUGUAGGUAAUUUAAGUCGCCACAUAUCCAUAAUACACACUAAAACUUUUGAACCUAUAACAUGUAAUGUUUGUGGAAGUACAUUUAAACACAAAUUUUCUUACCAUGAACAUUUAAAAAAUAAACAUAAACAAUUAUUUAAACAUUAUGUAGAAACAAACCCGACAAAUAAAAAAACUGGCGGGCAAAUUAUGGAAGUAAAUAAAAAAAAUAUUAUGAAAUACUUUUGCAAAAUAUGUAAAAUGAAGUUUGCUGACAAUAUUACUUUACAAGAACAUUCAAAAAUACAUACGUUAAAUAUGUAUAUGUGUAAAGACUGUGGUCAGCAGUUUGAGACAAAUGUUACUCUAGGUAAUCAUAUUUUGGAAAACCACAAAUCCAAUAUUUCUACAUCUACUAUAAACGAACAUGUUGAGAAUUAUGAGAGCCAAAAUGCUGCUCCAGAAUUAAUUGAUUAUAAACGUAAACGUGUUCAGUGUAAACUUUGCUUGAAAGUCUUAAACACUCCAAAAUAUUUGAGAUUGCACAUGAGAUUACACACUGGUGUCAAGCCAUUCAAAUGUAUUAAAUGUAACCAGGCUUUUAGAUUUAAAUCAAACCUAAGAGUCCAUCAGAAAAAAGAUACUUGUUGUAUCCCUUAAUUAUAUUUUACCUGUUUAAAAGUAGAAUUUUAAGCUAUUAAACACUAUAUUCUGAUUUGUUAUGUUAUUUUAAUCUUAAUAUAAAUAAUAUGGAAGAAAGAAUUAGAAUGUAUGUGAAUUACUUGAAUCUCACAUUCGUGCUUUUCUACUUUAGUUUAUCCUAAAAUUUCCUGAUACAAUUAACUACUUUUAUUGUUAUAAUUAUUUAAAAAAUGAAGUUUUUUCUGUUUUUUUUUUUU